CCAAAAGUAUAAUGAGAAGAAAACGGGAAGCGGUUAGCUUGUUGUGUUGGUCUGUGAACAAAUGAUCCAACUGUGCAGUCUUCUGCUCCAUUUCCGAGAGAGUUUAUCAGCAAAAUCGUCUAAUUGCUGCUACUGUAGGAAUAUUCUUACUGGCUCAUGUUCUUAUUUUUAUUCUCAACAACUUGGUGCGAGUCUUUUCCAGGACAAAAGAAGAUAUUAUGCAGUCUUCGUGACAGUCGGAGCUCCAAAAUAAGCUGUUGGCUAAACUCGGCUAACUAAAACAUGCUACCACUUUAGGACCAUCGAUUAUCAUGAGUAUUUCACCAUAAGGAUCUGGACAGCAUGAAUACAGAGAUCGGUGAUCUUCAGGACCUGGAGACACUUGACGUAUCCAUGAACCAGCUGAUGUCUCUACCAGACAGCCUGCACCGCUGUGUCUCGCUGCAGAACCUGACAGUGGACCACAACCUGCUGAGCCAUGUUCCUCGACAACUCUGCUGGCUACACUGCCUCAACCAGCUCUCCAUGGCUGCCAACCGACUAACCUUCCUCCCACUUGAUCUCGGCAGAUCCAGAGAGCUACAGUUUGUGUUUGUGGACAACAACACGGACCUAAAAGGUCUCCCGUCCUACAUGUACAACAAGGUCAUCGGCUGCAGCGGGUGUGGUGUAUCCUACCAAGGGCUGGGGGGUGAGAUGGGUGAGGUGCUGCGUGAUGCUCUGAUUGGGCUUCCAGCUGAGGUGAAGGUGAUUGGAUCAGAGAAGGAUAACGUGGUUCCUCUGGAGGAGCUGGCCAUGAGGACUCUGCACCACAUCCACCAGCAGCACCCAGCAGGCCUGAACCUGCUGCCCCCCAUCAGCCUCCCAAAGGCCCUGCUGGACCUGCUGCAGUUCCCUCUGGGUCACUGUCACCGGUGCAGCCAGGCCAUGUUCACCAUCACAUACCCGAAGUUUUUCCCACUCCGUGACACGGCCCUGGCAGGAGUGCACCGCAGAACCACAGUGAGUUUUGUGGCCUAUUGCUGCUCCAGUCACUGCCACAGGACCUUUGACCUGCAGGGGUGAUGCAACCCCCCCAAAAAAAGUUCAUCUUCAGUAUCGAGGGGGACAGAUAAUGUCCUGAGGGCUGUCAGCUGGUGAAGCUAAUCACACAGGAACUCUGCUACCUGCCAUUGCAGAUGCUGGACGAUGGGACUGCUGCUCCUUGAGUUCAUAUUCCCUCUCUCUGGACAUAAAACACUUGUGGUCUAGCUGAUCAGCUUGGGUUGUUUGGGUUCAGGAUGAUCAUCAUCAGUGUUGGACCUGAGGACCACUCACAGGAAAGAACUUUGACAAGCAAAGACUUUGAUUCUUGGGAAUUCAUGGAGUCAUUUUGUAAUAAUGCUAAUUACUGAAGAAUGUUUAAAGGUUUCUUAUUUAAAAGUGUGUUAAAUGUGUUAUUUAUAAAUAAUACAAUUACUAGAA